CGCCGGGGACUACGGCGGGCAAGAUGGCGUCCAGUGACGGGAAGCCGGGUUGCAUAUUCGACCACCACGUCCAGACGGCUGUGUGUGACUCGCGGGCCAAAUACCGGGAGGGCCGACGCCCUCGUGCGGUCAAGGUAUAUACAAUCAAUUUGGAAUCUCAGUACUUAUUAAUACAAGGUGUUCCUGCGGUGGGAGCCAUGAAGGAAUUAGUUGAGCGAUUUGCUCUGUAUGGUGCGAUUGAACAGUAUAACGCCCUAGAUGAAUACCCAGCUGAAGAAUUUACAGAAGUUUAUCUCAUUAAAUUUGUGAAAUUACAGAGUGCAAGGAUAGCUAAGAAAAAGAUGGAUGAACAGAGUUUCUUUGGUGGGUUACUUCAUGUGUGCUAUGCUCCAGAAUUUGAGACAGUUGAAGAAACUAGAAAAAAAUUAGAAGAGAGAAAGGCUUAUAUUGCAAGAGCUACUAAAAACAAAGACUACUACAUGACAAAGAAGAAACUAGUUCCAGAGCAAAGAGGAACGAAAGAUUCUAGACAAGAUUUCCAUCCACAUAUGCCUGGAUUUUGUACAACUGCUCUGAACACUUCUGAGAAUUCAAGUCCUUGUCUUCCUUAUUCUUGUGACUUGCCUUUAUGCUAUUUUGCCUCCCAAAGCACGUGUUUACCUGGGAAACGUGUGGACGGAGCAUCAAAUUCCUGUAGUAACAGUAGGAACCAUAGUGAACUAUCAAAGCAUCGUAACUACAGUGCCUUUCUCCCAAAACUACAGAUGAACACUUACAAAGAUUCACUACCUUGCUCUAGUGUGCAAGAGGCCAUUGCUACCUCAGAGUCAGUUGGCAGAUUUAUGCCUAGGACAACACUGCUGCAGGAGAGGAAAAGAAGGAGAGACUGUGGUCGUGACCUUGGAACUUUUCCUGAAACAAACACAGGCACUAACGAGGCUGUGAUUGGACCCAAGUUACCAGGUAUUCCCACAGUGGAUCUGCAGGAUGAUUCCUUGAAUACAACAGCAAACUUAAUUCGGAGUAAACUUAAAGAGGUGAUUUCAUCUGUGCCAAAGCCUCCAGAGGACAGAUUGGAAGAUGUGCAUCCAAGUCACCCACGAAAACAAAGAAGAAGAAUAUAGCUUGCCAGACAGGAAUCCUAUGAGCAGGAGUAAAACAUAGGAAAUGGCCAUCACCCUGGGGUGGGGGAUUGCAGACCAGAGUCACUGCUGUGCAGAGCUGUGGCUCAGGACAAGCUUCCCAGGGCCCAGCACUCCUUCUAUUGAGAACACCCCAUUGGGCUUGGAUUGCCUUUGGUCUUCUCUCGCUUUCCUUUCCUCAGUCAUGAAGACCAGAGGGAUGCUGGUGUCUGGGCUGUUCGGGUGUGUUGGGCUUCGUCCUCAUUCUCUUGUGGUGGAGUGCAGUAACACAGGCCCAACCCUGCAUCGAGGCCUGUCCUGCUGAGCCCAGACGAGAUCAGAAACCUUGGCUUUGCCAGCUGACCCUUAGUGGCUGUUCUUCACCUGGGCUGUAAGCCAAACACCCACCCUCGUGACAGUUGGCAUUACAGACUCUGUAGAGGCAAUGGGUCACAACUGGGUCCCCCAAUUCAUCCUUUGUGGGUUUUUCUUAUUUUUCACUCUUACGUAUGCAUGCAUGGAUUAAUGCUCAUGGAGGUCAGUGGACAACUCUCAGGAAUUGGUUCUCCUACCAUGUGCGUUCUGGGAUUUUACUCAGGUUGACGGAUUUGGUGGCAAGCGCCCUUCCCUGACGACCUACCUGCUGGCCCUUUAUUUCUGUUUGAUACGUUAUGAGGCAUUUUUACAAGGUUGUUUUAGAGAACACUGAUUUCAUCUUUUUGAUUAUAUAAGCAUUCACUUGUGAACAGACUUUCCUGGAAGAAGCUACUUCUACAACUGAGAACUCCAGUAAGUUUGGGGUCUACUUCUACAACUGAGAACUCCAGUAAGUUUGGGGUCUACUUCUACAACUGAGAACUCCAGUAAGUUUGGGGUCUACUUCUACAACUGAGAACUCCAGUAAGUUUGGGGUCUACUUCUACAACUGAGAACUCCAGUAAGUUUGGGGUCUACUUCCACAACUGAGAACUCCAGUAAGUUUGGGGUCUACUUCCACAACUGAGAACUCCAGUAAGUUUGGGGUCUACUUCCACAACUGAGAACUCCAGUAAGUUUGGGGUCUACUUCCACAACUGAGAACUCCAGUAAGUUUGGGGUCUACAGCCUAAUUAUUUGCCACCUCUCAUCUAACAUCCUUGUGGCUAUUUGGUAAAUCCUUUGGAAUGUUUCCACCAGCCCAGAAGCUAAGAAAGUCAUCAGUGAGGCCUGUAACAGGUCCCCUCCAUGCUGUGGCCACCUACCAAAUGCUGCCACCAAUUUUGACUUAUGACUUUGUUGUUUGUUAUUAUGGAAACUUCACGAAAUUGCUGCCACAUUGGAAUGUGCAAUUUGGGUAAAGCUGAAUGUUCCCAGCUGUGGUCCCUGUAGUGAGCUUCAGAAUAAACACUCUUGUCCCUGUGGGGGUGACAGCUCCAACUGUCGGUGCACCAGCACACUAACAGAAUUGAUGGGCAUAGCGCUAAGCCAGUGAGUGCUUCUUACAUUUCAUCUUCUCUUCAAAAGUCCCCCGGAGAAACACGGCCAGGCCUUUCACCCACUCCUGCACACUUACGUAGUUGUCACUGUCUUUGUCAAAUACGAAGAACACUACAAAGGAGGAACUGUGUGAGCGUGUUGUAAUUGUUUUACACCCCCGACCCCGCCGGGUUCAGAUAGAAAACCUUUUCUUACAAAUUGAGGGGGCACCGUUGGGGUGUUACCUUUCGAAAGGAUCAAAAUUAUUGGAAAUGUGGGCUUUCCCCCUUUAUUUCUAAAGCAGAAGAGUCAUUCCACACAAUGAGCAAUAAUGAUCUUCAUUUGUGGUGGUUUAUGUGGUUGCUAGAGCCAGGAAAGCCAUGGAGCUAAUUAAUGACAUAAUUUUAAUAAUCAAAAAUAAAAAGUGGUGAAAAACCUGUUGUAGAGUUUCCACAAUGUCUCAAAGUAAAUUAGUAAUGUUAAACAUUUUAAGUUCUUAGGUAGUUAUCGUUUGGGGUGUGUGUGUGUGUACGAGUGUGUACGAACAUGUACCACGGCUCUGUGUGUAGGUCACAGCCUUGUGGAGCUGACUCUCUUCUAUUUUAGGCUGGUUCUGGUGAUCACAGCUCAGGAAGUCAGACUUGAGCAAGCACCUUUACCCCCUGACCCAUCUUGCCAGUCCAAUUUUUAGUUACCAAUGGAACUUUAUUAUCUAUAGAAAAACAUUCAAAUGUUACUUGUUCUUUGGAGAUGAAGGUGUAUUGAUGGUUUUGUUUGUGGUGAUCUUUUCACAGAUAUGUGUGUGUUGUGUCAUAUCUUACCAAAUGUAUAGUUUAAUGAUUUACUAUAGAAUUUAACUGGAUAUACCAAUCACUAUCUUGUUUUAGACAUGUGACUUUAAAUAUUCCCAAUAUAACAAGUCACCAUCUUUUGUAAUCACAUAUUUCUAUGAAGAAAAAAAAGCCAAAAAUGAUUUACACAUUGGUGUGGCAUGGACUUUCAUGAUUCACAUCUGUGGCGUGUACUUUCAUGGUUAAAAGCCCUCAGUUGUUUAUCCUUAAAAAAAAAAUACUGCUAGGCUCUGUAGUUCAGUGGUGAUGAUUUCUCAAAACUUCCCUGCUCUGAGGCACACAAUUCUGAUGGGUUUGUGUUAAAAACCAUCCUCACAUUCCCUCUGGGUAUGUGUUUGCAGCACUUUCCUACCAGAAUUAUUCCUUUCUAGUUGGGCACUGAGAGAAAGUCCAGUCUUGUGAAAAGGACACUCAGAUGGGUUCAGUUUUUGGUUGGUACAUUUUGGUUUACUGUGACUCCUUACCCCUGUUCAUUAACAUGUCAUCAGUCAUUCCGAACACGUUAUGCAGGAUCCCUCGAAAUGUGUUGCAGUCCAGCCUGGCAUUAACAAGCUUUCCACUGGGUCUUUCCACAAAGCUAUAGAAAAGGCGUAUGAGACAUUCAAUUUCACUUUUCGUGACUGUAAAAUGAGAAGACAGAUAAGAUGUAGCGUUAAUCACCAAGUUAUUCAAUGCAAUCACAGCUGUUUAGUUCUUAUGAUGCCAGAUGGCCAUAUAUGAUGAGUAAUUUGUAGUGUUUGGCUUCUACCAGAUCUGCGGGCUUCACAAUGGAAAUUUGGGGUAGUCACACAUGGGGCUCUCGUCCCAGACUUAGUGAUGUUUAGGCAUGCACAGGUGACUGGUGCAGUCAGGACAGAAACCUGGCAUUCGACCUGGGGGUGGGCAUAAGACCUAAAGCAUCUAGACUGUUUCCAUUUCUUUUCUGAGAUUUAUUUUAGUUUUAUGUAUACAUAUAUGGGUGUCUUCCUGACACGUAUAUCUGUACCACGUGUGCAGUACCCUUGAGGCUUGAACAGGGCAUUGGAUUCUCGGGAGCUGGAGUUGUAGCUGGUUGUGAGCCCCCAUGGGAAUUGAGCCUGGGCCUUCUGCAAGAGCAGUGAGUGCUCUUAAACAUGGAGACAGCUCUCUAGCCCCCGUUUCUAUGUCUUAUCCUAAACUGCUAAGACUUAACGACUCCUCGGUGCCCUCUCUACUAACAGCUGAGUUGUCGGGGUGCUCUCAGAUUCUGCAAUCCCUUGAAUGUCCAAUUGUGUGACUCAACAGCUACUUGAGAGAACAGAAAUGGGGAGAGGCAGCUGGUCGCCACGUCGUUUUGUUUUCCUUUUGUUUUUUUUCUUGAUCCUUUCCUCCUGUUUGUGAAGGAAGGUGAGGAGAAAUAACCUCCUUUGUAAAUACUCAGUUUACAACAUGUGGGUUCUAUGUGAAGAAGGCAGUUUCUAUGUGAAGAAGGAAGUUCUUAGGGUACUGACUGGUAAUCUUGAGAGUAAUUUCAAAGGUGCCUAAUAACAUUUAUUUUGUAGACCAAGUUAAGAUCUCUUUCUCCUUAAUAGAAUGUCAUACUAUAGCAGUGCAGCUCUGAAAUAGGAUCCGUCUACGUCUUACGGGACACCCAGGAACCGGGGAGCGGAUAUGGACUUGACUUCUGCCCUCAAGGCUGUUGCAGGCUGGGCAGGAGAUACGUGAGGGACUGUGGUGUGGCUCAGUGGUGGAAGGCUUGCCUAGCAUGUGUGGUCACCAGCUCCUCUUAAACCAGCUGUGAAGUGUUAGAAAAAGUAUUGUACAUCACACAGCAAAGGAAGGGGUUGUGAACUAGGGAAGGUGCUGAGCGAUAAAACAUUAAAAGUGGGGGUGUCACUGGAGUGGAGUCUCUCAAAGGAGCAGGCACUCACCCGGGAGGCAGCUGGAAGACUCAGGGGUUUGAGUUCUGAGAGCAAAGGGGGGUCCAUGGGGCAUGUUGGCAGAUUUAUUUUUAAAUCAGAAAUGUUUAUUUUUUAUUUUUUCUGACAUAUUUUUAUUGAUUAUUUGGAAAUUUCACACGAUGCACCCCAUCACACUCGCUUCCCAGUCCUUCCAAGUCCACCUCCCACCAUUUUGCCCCCCCCAAAAGAAAGAAAAAGAAAAUAAUAACCAAGUCCAAUAUACUCACGGGGGCAUGGUCAAUCUCCCAGUGGCCAGCCCCUUAAAGAAAGCUGGGUCCUUCCCCACCCCACCCCCACCAGAAGCCAUCAACUGUGAAGAGCUACACUUGAGCAUCCCUGUCAUAAUUUGUAAGGGUUCUCUUCAAUGGCUUCUUGUCUAGAUGGUUUGCUUUUUGGCGGGGGAGCUUCACAGAACCCUGCACUGCCUCUCAUUCUGACCUGUGAGCCUGCAGUAAUCAGCAAUACCAUUGCAAAGUACUUCCUUGCCUCUAAGAGCCGGCAGCAACCUGGGUCACGGACUUUCGCAUGGUUUCUGGAGACAGCAUGGACCACAGACAUCCACACGGAUUCAGGCAGCACAGACCACAGACCUCAACAUGGUGCCCAGUGGCAGCAAGGACUACAGACAUGAACACAGCCUCCAGCUGCCACAUGGACUGCAGACACCACAGGGUCGCACGGAUCACGGACCUCACAUGCUGGCAGAUCUUACAGACAAUACAAAACUUACCAAACAAUUCUGGCUGAUAACCAGACCGGUAUUUAAGUUUUUACCCACUUUCACAAUACAUUCUUGGAGUUAUUUUUGAAUAGAAAAUCAGCAAUUUGUAUUUUGCUACAUGAUCAUAACAAUCAGUCUGUCUUUUUUUUUCAAUUAAUUAAUUAAUUUAUAUUGAGACAAGGUCUCACAAUGUAACCCAGGCUGGCCUGAAACUCUUAAUCUACUGCCUCAGUUUCCCAAGCCCUGGUGUUACAGGCAUGCGUUAUUGCCUCCAUCGAUGUGAUUUUGGUUUUCAUUAGAGAAAUGAGAUCUAAGUAGCCUCCCUUUAAAGCUAGUGGCAUUUGACUGGUGUGGUGGUGGCACACGCCCUUUGUCCCAGCACUCUGGAGACAGGCAGGUGGAUCUCUGAAUUCAAGGCCAGCCUGGGCUACACAGUGAUUUCCAGGCCUGCUACAGCUAUACAAUAACACCCUGUCUCAGACAAACGAAACAAUGCAGUGAGAUUUUUGUGACUGUUUCCGCUAAUAGCAUACAGUGAAAACGAGGCCCUAUGGUUGAAGGGCAAUACCAAGUGUAAUGUUGCCAUUUCCCCUGACUCAAACCUUUCCAUCCUGGAGGAAUGGAAGCCUGAAACUUGGGCUUUUAAAGCUCUUCCCGGUUCUGGAAGUGGUAACAAGUGCUGGGAAGGGGCUCCUGAGCUGCCUGCAAGCUGUGCUCCAGGGAUACAACUUUUUCUUAACUUCUUUGACUGUUUCAUGCGUGUAUAUGACGAAUUUUAGUCUUCACCUUCUAUUCCUCUCAUCCCCCCAUUGAAAACUCCCCCAAGCCCUCUUCCCGCUCUAUUUUCCGUGUGUGCCCCACCGAGUUUAAUUAGGUGACUUGCAUGGCCGUGUGUGAAGGUUGUUUACCUCCAGAGAGCCUGGGCAACUUCCCAGUGGCUCUGCCACUGAGAAAGUGACAUCCCUUCCCCCAGCCAUCGUUAACUGCCAGUAGUCCCUCAGGGGGCGGGGGCUCAUGAGCCUUUCCCCUUUGCAUGAUGAAAUGUUGACAGGGCUCAGUCUUGUCUUGUGUAGUGAGUUCAAUAGUGCAACAACAGAGUCAUGUCAAGAAAGACAUCAUUUCGUAGCACAUCCCCCCCAUCCUCCAGGUCUUUACUCCUUCUGUCUCCCCUCUUCUGCAAUGUUCCUUGAGCCUAGACUGGGCUGAUAUAGAUCAGCCAUUUGGGGCCGAGCACUCCACCAGCCUUUAUUCCAGCUCUUUGACUGGUCAGCAAUCUCUGUGUUAACUGCUGCCUAAUGCAAUACAGCUUUCUUGAGGAAGACCAAGAACAGCACCAAUUCUAUGCACACCUGAGUGUUUAGAAAGCGGUUUGAGCAUGUCCACUCAGCAAAACGACAGCUGGGUUCCCCCUUCGCAGCGAUGAUCUCCCUGCCACAGCUCUUGGUCCUCCAGAGCAGGUCUCGACUGCCAUUAGGAAAUGGUUACCCCCAAACAUCCCUGCCACCACUGCACCAGAGGACGCAUCUUGUCGGCUGUUACUGCAGCUUAGUGUUCGCGCCUAGGUAAGCUGUUAGCUUUCCUCCCCCAGAAGCCUGCAAGAGCACCUCCAGGCGCUGUAAAAGCCAGCUGGCAGGAAGGAAGCACGCAGCCAUUGCAGCUGAUUUCUCCGAGUCCUGUGACCAAAGUGUGCGGCAUCUUCAGCAACAGUCUUAACAGGUGCUGGCAGGAAGAUAAGAACAAUGACAGUGGCAUGUAGUUCUGGGGCCUCUCUAACCAACAACUCAGGGAACAUCCCACACCUGCACUGAGAUUUGUGUUAGAUAACAAGGCUUCUGGGAGGAUUACUAGGGAUGUAGGUUUCUUCAGUCAUUACCCAUACUAGGGUGGGCUUUUUGGUGAGAUAGAGGUCUUUGAGUCAUGUUCCUGUAAGAUCCCUCACCCAUAUUCCUGUAAAUAAAUUCACUAGCUCACCAAGCUAGCCUUGGGUGGAAUUGUUUCUUUGGUGUGUUGUGCAUACCCUGUCUAUACUGUAUGUGUCUCCCCAAGAAAAGUUACACAUUGACGUGGUAGGAUGUAGAUCACCUAGUGCAUAAAUGAAAUUUCUGGAUUGGGUUAACUGAGGCAGCAAGACCCACGCUAAAUGUGGGCAGUACCAUCCCACCAGCGAGGCCCUGACCUAAGUAAGAUUGGAGUGAAAAGUUUGAAUUCAGUCCCUCCUCUAAAGACCUACUACAUCUAGGUGGCAGUACAUCUCUGAUAGUGUAGAUCUUUCUAUUAUUUUCAAAUUUUAAUUUUUAUCUCUUGUAGCUCAGACUUGCCUUGAACUUCAUAUCAUCAAGGAUGACCUUGAAUUUCUGACCCUCCUGUCUCUACCCCCUUAAGUGUUAGGAAUGCAGGUGUGAGCGACCACUUCCAGCUUUGGGGUGCUAGGGAUUGAACCCAGGGCCAUGCCAACAUGUAGCAGGCACCCUAGGAAACUUUAUCCCCACUCUGUAUUCUCCUAUCUUACUUCAAGUAAGAGACACACAGGCAGUCUACUACAGACUGUGAGCCCAGUGUACCACGACGUAGUCACCUUUUCACAAAUUUAGUGACGACGGGAUGUUGAUCUGUUAUGAGAUUAAUAUUCAGUGUGUUAAUUCUAUGAGAAUGUAGUUUGCACAGCCAUGAAGCCAGCAUUCAAAGGUAAUUCCCUGCCUCCAUGCCUAGAUUAAGACAAUUAUUUAGAAAAGGGAUUAGAAUUGUGUCUUUGGUGGCGCACUACCCAAUAGACCUUCCGACAUGUUCUCUGUGCUGUUCAAUUUGGUAGCCAUUGUGCAUAGGCAGACUUUGACUCCUGAAAAGUGGCUAGUGCGAUGAAGAAAAUGGGAUUUUAAAUAUAAUCAUCUAUAGAUGGUCAUACAUAGCGAGUGCCUAUCUUUUUGGACAAUGCAACUCUAGAAAGUAGUUCAAAAUUAAUAGACAAUUUACACUCAGUGUAGAAAACAAAGCUUUCUAGAUUGAUCUAAAAAGUAUGGCAACAGGGGGGUUGGGGAUUUAGCUCAGUGGUAGAGCACUUGCCUAGCAAGUGCAAGGCCCUGGGUUCAGUCCUCAGCUCCGGAAAAUUAAAAAAAAAUAUGGCAACAGUUAUAUUGUAAAGAAUUUCCUUUGUGAGGUCACUAGCUUUAUGAGGGUCUGAGAGUCACUUAGUGGUGGCUGCUGACCAUAAGAGGUCUUUAGUCAUGACGUCAUAAACUCUAAAGGUUCCAAGAAGUUCUAAACCAGUGGUUCUCAACCUGUGACCUCUUCAGCAAACCUCUAUCUCCAAAACUAUUUACAUUACGAUUCAUAACAGUAGCAAUAUUAGUUAUGAAAUAGCAACAAAAGUAAUUUUAUGGUUGGCAGUCACCACAUGAGGAACUGUAUUAAAGUGUCGUUGCAUUAGGGAGGUUGAGAACCACUGGACUAAACCAAGGAAAGCCAAGAAACUUCUGUCAUAAGGGCCUAGAACGUUGUACACAAAGAAAAAUAAAAACACAUGUUUUCCUAAGAAGCCUAAGGCAAACCGAAGUGUCCAUGCUCAUUAUGAUAGCAUGAUGCAGAAGGCCACCAGAGCUGCCUGUGACGACCUGCAGGGCAGUCAAGAGAAUGAUGAUAAUCCUUUGUGCAGAGACUCUGAACCCGACCUGUACCAAUCCUGUCACUGUCAAAAGGCACAAGUGGCUUUAGAAGGCUGACUCUGAGGCCUGGUUCUCUGUCUGUGAGCACCUCUCAUGCCACUGAACUUGUUUAUAAUCCAAGUGUAGAACAGGCAACUAGUUAGACCAGGGUAGGGCCUUGAAGGCACAGCUAUGCUUAACCAGUCAGAGUUUGAGAGCACUCUGAGCACAACUGAAAAAUUAAUGUCAAAACUUUUGAAAAAUGAAGAAAUGCAGCAAUUUGUUUCUCUUUUCAAACUAUCUUUGCUGAUUAUUACAAAUUUUUAUCUGUGUAACUGCUUUCAAGUAACAAACCAUGGUAUUAAACACAUGGGUAGCAGACAUAUCUAAAAUAACUUCAUUAGGAUGAGGAAUUUAGAUUUUAAAUACAUACAAAAUUUCCUUUUCAGCAUUAUUAAAUAGGCUCACUUUAAAAAGCAGUCAUUGGACUAAGGGGGACAUCUCAGCUGGCAAAACAGUUGCUGAGUAGGACCUGAGUUUGGAUCCCUAGCAUCCACGGAAAGAGCUGGUGCAGCAGUGACUGUCCCCCAGCACUGGAGAAGCGGACAAGAGGGUCUCGUCAAACUGGGGAGCUCCAGGUUUAGUUAAGAUGAUCUUAAAAAACAAACCCUCCAGAAACAAAAGAGUAAUCAAGACCCCAGCAUUCAUCAACUUCUGCCCCCUCUCACAAGCAUACACCUCCUGCAUGUAUGUGAAUGUGUGUGUGUGCUGUGGAGACCCACAGAGGUUUCCUAGUGAGAACUUACUCAGGGUCCACAAAUCUGAGCUUGCUUUACCCAGCAGGGCUGCAUAAGGGGAUGAAUUGACCAUGGCGUGGUUACCAGGUGUUUGGAAGGGUCUUCACUUGGCUGUGGUUACCAGGUGUUUGGCAGGGUCUUCACUUGGCUGUGGUUACCACGUGUUUGGAAGGGUCUACACUUGGCUGUGUGGUGUGCUUUGAUCUAGCAAGGGGGGUCUUUUGCCCUGCCCCUUGACAUGUUAUAAAAAGCCCCUUUGAAGAGGCAGAAGGGGCCAUUGGGUAUUGACCAAGGUCCUCCUGAAGCUAUCCUGUGUUACUGUCUUUCUCAUCUCCGCUUUCUAUCUAGUAUUUUCUUUUUUAAUUUUUUGGUUUUUCAAGACAAGGGUUUCUCUGUAUAGUUUUGGCACCUUUCCUGGAACUCACUCUGUAGCCCAGGCUGGCCUCGAACUCACCGAGAUCCACCUGUAUCUGUCUCCCGAGUGCUAGGAUUAAGGCGAGAGCCACCACCGCCCGGCCCUAUCUAGUAUUUCCUUAUCCCUCUCUCCUCCUCUUAGGAAACCUUUAAAAGGUGGGAGCUGGCCUCCCACGGUGUGCCAUGUGCAUACAUAUAAGCAAGCAAUAAUCAGCAUUUACUGUGCUCAUUAUUGGCUAAAUUAAUAAAACCUUAAAGGAUUAUCCAGGAAUUAAAUAGUAGUAGGGUGACAAAGGAGACCUGGAUAAGUGCUUGAGGGAUUCGGAUAUUUUAUAGACCAGCUUGAAUAAGGGAAAGCUAAGCCAAGCUUACAAAAACCUUAACACCAUGUCCAUCCACCUGAAGUCCCAAGGAAGAUGCAAGUGUUCAAGACUGGCUGAGGUUAAGUUAACGCCAAUGCCUGGAUGACUGAAAAUGACCGCUGGUCAGGAUUAUUUGUAGUUAGGUCUGAGAAACAAACCCUCAGGAGUACAUCACAAUUUUCAGGGCAAGGCUGAACAAAACUGACCUAUUAAAUUGUUUACAGGCAAACACCUGUAACAUGGGAAGCAUCACACCAUUCAUUACUUUGUUGUUGCUCUUGCUGCUGCUGUUUGGGAGACAGGGUCUCACUAUGUAGCUCCAGCUAGCCUGAAAUUCUCUAUGUAGAUCAGACUGGCUUUGAGCUCAGGGACCUACCUGCCUCUGCCUCUGGAGUGCUGGGAUUAAAGGUGCUCACCAACAUGCUUGGCUAAAAUUAUAUUUAAAAAGGUUUUUGGGGUGGUGUGUAUGUGGGUAUACAACCAUGCCACAAUGUGGGAGUGGAGGUCAGGACAACUUUGUGGAGUAAGUUUUUUCCUCCCACCUUACGUGGGUUUCGGCAACCAAACUCAGGUGGUAGUCUGGCAUGUGUCUCCCAGCAUCAAGUUCCUUUACCCACUGGGCCAUCUUGCCCUCCCACCCUAAACAUUUUGUUAUGAUAUGUGAUCUGUAUUUAUAACUGUGUAUGUGUACAUCCACGUGUGCAGGUCAGAGAACUUUUGGGAACUGGUUCUCCUUCCACCAUGGUGUCCAGGACUCAAAAUCAGGCCUCAGGCUUGCAUGGCCAAUGCUUUAAACCCACUGAUCCAUCUCGCUGCCUAAAAUCACCUGAUGUAUUUCUAUUAGUCCCUAAGUUUUGUGCCAGAAACCACUGGAACUGGUCAAAGUAAACGCUUGUAAUUAAGAAUUCUUAUUGUCAACAGAAUAAAAUCUAUGCUUGGCUGGCA